GCUUUACUAAAGAAGAGCUAAAUCGUAUCUGUUUUCAUUGUUAUUGUAAGUAGGAGAAGCAGAUAACGGUGGGCUUUCGCGGCAGCUUUUCCCGGCGGAGAACUGCUCUGAUCCGCCGGUAGCUUCUUUGCUCUGUCUGCGAUACAUACAUAGGUUUUGUAGAUAAAGGGAAGAGACUUCGGAAUCAACAUAUCUAUGGACCAAAAGUUAAUUAUGGAUGCAAAGGAGAAUGAGAAUGGAGAUUAUACACUUAUAAAUGAUUUGGAGAAAGUGGAUGAUCAGUUGGGAAGAUUUGACAAGCCUCUUCCUUGUUGUGGCUGUGGAAUAGGAUGGUUCUGUUUUUUGGUGGGGUUCUUAUGCCCUUUAACCUGGUACUUUGCCUCAUUUCUCUACCUCUUCAAAUAUUAUAACAAGGAUCCUAGGGAACGAGGUGGGCUUGCUGCUAAUACAGUAACGAUUGGUUGCAGGCUUUGAUAUUUACAGUGGCGUUGAUUAUCGGUUUUGCGCUUUUCAUGUUUCUUUGACGAUGAUGAUCAUCUGCGAAAGGUGAACAAGAAGUAACAAAGGAAUGUUCAUCUGAAAUCAUCUCCAUCCAAAUAUUUGUAUAUAAAUGGAUAUGAAGUUGUGUAUUUAGAACAAGGCUUCUUAGAUCAAUGAUUAAUGGAGAAGAAAGACCAUUUUCUUAUAUCAACUUUUACUUCUUUCCUUGUAAAUUUAUUUAUUUUUCAAAAACUGAAAAUUUCAUUACACAAUCAAAGCUUGUUUGAUAUUGGGUUA